GUACCGGUCACAUAAUAACCGUUUACAAAACGGGCCACAUUUAAUUCGUACUCAGGAUAAAAAAAUAUUUUUAUAAAAUCUAUAUUUCUUUUAAUCAAGAUGUUGCUUGUGGUUUGAGAAUAAUACGCCUGUUUUAGAAUUUUCUGUGUUCUUUAGUGUUGUGAGUAAUAAUUAGAGGUCGUACCGUAUAUGGAAUGCUUUAUAAUACAUUUAUUAUAGAUAAUAUGGAGUCUUUACCAAAGCAGUUUGUAGCAGCUAUGAGAACAUUGUUUGAUAUAAUGGAUGAUAAACACACGGGUUAUGUUAAACUAACAGACAUUGAAAACCGCUGGCGUGAUGAUCGCACGAAAGGACUUCCUCGAGGUGUAAUUGAAAGUUUACAAAAAGUUGCUUCUCAUGAUGGACUAUUAACAUUCGACAGGUUUUGUACGGGUUUAAAAAUUUGCCUUCUACGUAAUCAAGUCGACAAUACAACUAGUAAAGUGGAUCAGCAUGAAGCAGACAUAAAAAACUCUGAUUUAGUAAUGGCAAUAAAUACUCAAUCACAGCCUUCUUCGACAAAUUUAUUAGAAGACGAUGAGGUUAACUUACAUAGAAGUUGGAAUGUUAUGAAAAAUGCAGAGACCAUGUCACAGUAUAAAGAUUCUAACAGCAUGGUUCAAUUAUUGACACGAAAAGAAACAAUAAUACAAGACUCUAGACAUCAUGCACCCAAUGGGAAACACGAUCAUGGCUUAAGACCUUUUGGCCCUCCAAAACCUCCAAGAAUUCAAAACCAAAUUGCAGACAGAAAAGAUACAAUUAGAUCAUAUAAGUCCGAGAUAGAAAAUGAAUUUGAAACUGAACAAACAACAACAAAUAAAUUAGAUUUUGAUGAAAUAUCUCGCGCAGUUGAGGAUCAAAGUCGGGAACUGGGAGAUGGACGAUCAUCUAAUGAAACACAAAUUCAAUUGCGAAGGCCAACGCGACGUAGAGAACCGCGUCGGCACACCUUACACAAUGGUGUUGAUUACAAUCUUCUUAAACGAAUGAAACAAAUUGAACAAGAAAAGGAUAUCUUAUUACAAGGGCUAUCUGCGAUCGAAGAAGCACGGGAAUGGUAUUUUAAACAAUUGACAGAAGUUCAAGAGAAGAUGCGUUACGCUGGCAGAAUGGGUGCUUAUGUGGAGCCUUGGAGUGAAGCACACCAAGAGCGGCUGGAACUACUGCGCGCAAGGGUUUUGGAAUUAAAUCGACAAUUAGGAGCGUUAGCGGCAGGCUGGAGACACGGUCCUCUCUCUCUGCAUAUGAAUUUGGCUUUGCCAGCUUCGUCCCUCUCCGGGACUCACGUCACGUCGAAUAAUGCUGCAGUACUCAGAUCCCAAAAUCGUAUGUUAGCAGAGGAAGUGAAUAAGAAGAAUGAAAGAAUAUCAGUUUUGGAACGAGAAAAGUCUGCACUCAUUCGAGAACUUUUGCUACAAAGAAAUAGAAGUAAAAUUAUUGACAAUUUUACGUAAAACACAAUAAGAUGGAAUCAUUUAACACAGUUCAGCUCUGUUGUUAUUACAUACAAUACGAUUAUUUUCAACUUGAGAUUUAUUUUGUUAAUCAAUAAUCAAUUAUGAAGUCUUGACUUUUAAUAAUUUUUGAAUUCUCUUCAUAGCAUUUUCAAAAAUCAUUACAAUUAAAGUCAUUUCAAAAUCAAUAGUAUGCGAGGGCAUAAAUCUGCUUUCAGACUAGGCUACACUAUAGUGCCACACAGCAUAGCAGCCUAUACUUAGCCAAUAAUAUAUAGUACAGUACAGUGGGAACGUGUCCAUAACACUGUAUGGUGAGGUGUGCGAUAUUGUUGUGCUAUGAGCUUUAAACUAUAUGCGUAUACUGCAAGUCGCAAAGUUCAUAUUGACAACCCGAAGCUAGUAGCCCUAGCCCAUUGUGAUUAUUAUUAUUUAUAGUACUUCGUACAAUUAGUCGUUUUUGUGUUACUGACAUUUAGUAAUGUUUAAGUAGGUUCACACUCCACACAAUGAUGGAAAUUCAAACGAAUCAGACCUUAAUACAACACAAAAAGACCAUAGAUAAUACACUCAAAUCUCUUAUGUAAAAUAAUGUACUAAUCAAUGUUUACUUAAAAGAUCCACAGUUAAAGGUCUGUCGUAGCCAUAUAUUGUAGGUAGAAACCAGUUUGUGUAUAUUUGUAAUACAUUUGCACACCCUUUAUUUUAUGGAGGGUGACAGUCUUACGUUAAAUACACAAUUUUGUGCCCAUUGUGGAUAGUA